AUGGCUUCGUCGAUAUCCGUAGACUUGACGGUCCUUUGCAAUGGCAUUCCCAUCGAACUGCCAAUCCAUCCGAACAAACACUUGGACCCGUCAGUGCCGAAAGCUCCGCACCGCAACAUCAACGGCCUGUCCAACGACGAGCUCGUACUCGCUGUCCAGAACGCACUCCGCUACUUUCCCGCGCAGCACCACACUGUCUUGGCCGUCGAGUUUGCUCAGGAGCUGAAGGACGAGGGACACAUUUACAUGCACCGCUUUCAACCCGUGCAGUACGAGAUGCAGGCGUACCCGAUCGAGCAGUACCCAGCCCAGUGCACCCAAGCAGCCAGUAUCAUGCUCAUGAUCAUGAACAAUCUCGACCGCCGCGUGGCCCAAUUCCCUCAUCACCUCAUCACCUACGGCGGCAAUGGCAGUGUCUUUCAAAACUGGGCGCAGUACCUCCUGACCAUGAAGUACCUCUCGGUGCUCACCGAGCAGCAGACGCUCGUCAUGUACUCGGGCCAUCCCAUGGGUCUCUUUCCAAGUCGUCUCGCUGCCCCGCGCAUGAUCGUCACGAACGGGUUAAUGGUUCCCCGCUACUCCACUCGCCUUCAGUACGACAAGGCGUACGCAAUGGGGACGACGCAAUUCGGCCAAAUGACAGCAGGGAGCUACUGCUACAUUGGGCCACAGGGCAUCGUCCACGGCACGACCAUCACGAUGCUCAACGCUUGCCGCAAGUACUUGCACCGGGAACACACGCGUGGCACUGUCUACGUCUCGUCCGGUCUCGGUGGCAUGAGCGGCGCUCAGCCCAAAGCUGGUGUGAUUGCAGGUUUGAUCUCGGUCACGGCCGAGGUCGACCACGCUGCAGUGGCCAAACGCCUUGAACAAGGAUGGGUGGACGAAGUGCUGAGCGACUUGGACGCGUGCAUUGCCCGCAUCCGAGAGGCAAAGUCCACGCAGGAGGUCGUGAGUCUCGCUUUCCAUGGCAACGUAGUCACGCUGUGGGAGCGCUUGGCCGACGAAGUCGACGCCACGGGAGAGCUCUUGGUCGAGCUCGGCUCGGACCAGACGUCGCUCCACAAUCCGUUCAACGGCGGCUACUACCCCGUCGAACUUCCCUUCGAAGAGGCGCAGCGUGUCAUGGCCGAAGACCCAGUCCGAUUCCAGGAGCUCGUGCAGGCAUCGCUUCGACGCCACGCAGUGGCGAUCAACCGGUUAGCGGCCAAGGGCCUGCACUUCUGGGACUAUGGCAACUCGUUCUUGCUGGAAGCCCUGCGUGCCGGGGCCGACGUCUUGCGUCCUGGUGUGCAGCCCGAAGAGGCGGCCGUGUCCACCACUGCUUUCAAGUACCCGAGCUACGUGCAGGACAUCAUGGGCGACAUUUUUUCCCUGGGGUUCGGUCCGUUCCGCUGGGUCUGCACGUCCGGCAAGCGCAAAGACCUCCAGCAGACCGACGACAUUGCGACGCGCGUGAUGCGUGAGCUGCUCGCAGAGCCCGAGGUACCCGAUCGAGUCCGUGCCCAGCUACGCGACAAUCUCCGAUGGAUUGAAGCUGCCGAGGCAAACGAUCUCGUCGUGGGUUCCGAAGCCCGUAUCCUGUAUGCCGACCGCGUCGGUCGUGGCUCCCUCGCCAUGGCUUUCAACACGGCUGUAAGCACCGGUGCGAUCUCGGCUCCGGUCGUGCUCAGUCGUGACCACCACGACGUGAGCGGCACGGACAGUCCGUUCCGUGAGACAUCGAACGUGACGGACGGCUCGGCCUUUUGUGCGGACAUGGCCGUGCAAAACGCACUGGGCGACGCUGCGCGGGGCGCUACGUGGGUCGCACUGCACAACGGCGGAGGGGUUGGCUGGGGCGAGGUCAUGAACGGCGGCUUUGGGAUGGUACUGGAUGGCUCCGACGAUGCACGGGAAAAAGCCGCGUGCAUGCUCGGCUGGGACGUGAACAAUGGCGUGGCUCGUCGUGCUUGGGCACGCAAUGCCAACGCUCGCUUUGCGAUUGAGCGUGAGAUGAAGGCCGAUCCGCUGCUGACGGUGACGUUGGCAAACGAAGCCAGCGAGGCGAGUGUGCGUGACGCUGUGAAUAUGUUUUUCUAG